AUGCCAUUAAUCAAUUUUCGAAAUAUUCUUUCCUGUUCUAGUGAAGAUCGAAUUCAUUGUGCCGAAAAUUUAUUAAAACCUGAACAAUAUAAAAAAUGGUUAUCAUCGAAAGGUAGUGAUGAACAUAUAACAUGUAUUAUUGAAUUUGAAAAAUCUAGUUUAAUAUCAUCUAUUGAUAUUGGUAAUGAUGGUAGUGCAUUUAUUGAAUUAUUUGUAUCUCGAUCAUCAUCAUCAAAAACAAAUGAUUGGACACUUUUAUUACCAGCAACACUUCUUAUGACACCAAAUGAAUCACGUUCAAAUAUAAAUCGUAAUCAAGUUAAAUUAUUAAAAUCAUCUGAUUUAAAUUCAAUAUGUUUAAAUGAAAAAUGGGAUCGAUUAAAAAUUAUUUGUGAACAAAAAUUUAAUCGUUUAAAUCAAUUUGGUUUAUGUUUUAUUAAAUUAUAUUCACCAUCAUCAUUAGCCGAUGAAACAAAUCAAUCCGAAUUAUUAAAGAAAUCUUCUAUUAUUAUUGAUAAUGAUAAUGAUGAUGAUGAAACUGGUAAAGAACAAAGGAAAAUUGGUUCAUUUUUUGCUAAAAAACAAGCUGAAAAAAAUCUAAAACCUUCUGAACCAAGUGCUAGUGUUCAAAUACGUGCUUUAUCUAGUGUUGCUGAUGAAUUAUUAAGUAGAAAAUCAAUGGAUGAUAAUGAAAUUCAAACAUUAUUAAAAAAGGAUGUUAAAAAUACUCCAAAUCGUUUAUCAAAACGUCGUAUGUCAGAUGAAUUAGAAUCAUCCAUUAAUGAGAAUGAAAUUAAACGAAGCAAAACUCAAGAUAAAACUAAAAUAAUGAAAAAUAUUGUUUUUGUUUUAAGUGGUUUUCAAAAUCCAUUAAGAUCUGAAUUACGUAAUAAAGCAACAACAAUGGGUGCUAUUUAUAAUGAUGAUUGGGAUGAAACAUGUACACAUCUUAUUUGUGCAUUUCCAAAUACACCAAAAUUUACACAAGUUAAACAAACAAGAAAAGGUUUUAUUGUUAAUAAACAAUGGAUACUUGAUUGUUAUAAACAAAAUCAAUUAUUAUCCGAAAAAAAUUAUGAAUUAAAAGGAUCGAAUAAUAAUAGUAAUAUCAUAAAGAAAGAUAAACCAAAUCGAAUAUCAGAAAAAAAUCCAACAAAAAUAAUGAAUUUUGAUGAUGAUAAUGAAGAAGAAGAAGAAAAUGAAGAAUAUCAUUUAUCAAAAGAUGUAACAAGAAAAACACCAAUUAAAAAAAAGAUGUUAACAUUUGAUGAUGAUGAUGAUGAUGAACCUGUAGUUUCAAAAAAUAUUAAACAAAAACCACAAACUAAAAAGAAAAUCACAACUUUUGAUGACGAUGAUGAUGAAAAUGAAGACAGCAUAGUUCCAAAAAAAAUAACUACUUCCGACAAUGAUGAUGUUUAUAAUGCUGAAACUGAUGAAGAUGAACCAGAAACGAAUAAAAAAAUUUUUGAAUUAGCAAAUUUUUUUCAUGGAAAACAUUUUUAUGCAUUCAAUGAUGAUUUUAAUGAUAAUACACUUCGUGAUAUUCGUCGAAUUAUUUACGCUUAUGAUGGAAUAUUAGAAAAACAAACUACAUCAGAUGUUCAAUAUGCUAUUACAAACCGAUUAUGGAAUCAAGAGUUUGAAAAAAUAUCAAAAACAAAUCCCGAAAUAAAAUUUCUUUCACUUGAUUGGUUACAAGAUUGUCAUGAUGAAAAUAAAUUUGUUCCAUGUCAACCCUAUUUAAUUGUACCUUAA